ACAACAUACAGAAGAGGGGCCUGAUAAAAAAUGGCCAUCCCCAAGGCUUCCCUGCUUGCUAUCCUUGGCUGCCUCUGUUUCUGUAGUUCUGUACUCGCAGCUCGGGAGCUCAACGAUGAUUUGUCCAUGGUGGCAAGGCAUGAGAGUUGGAUGCUCCAGUAUGGCCGUGUGUACAAGGAUGCCGCCGAGAAGGCAAGCAAGUUUGAGGUCUUCAAGGCUAAUGCAGGGUUCAUCGACUCGUUCAAUGCCGGGAACCACAAGUUCUGGCUCGGCAUCAACCAGUUUGCUGACAUUACCAAUAAAGAGUUCAAGGCAACCAAGACUAACAAGGGGUUUAUUUCAAACAAGGUGAGGGCUCCUACAGGGUUCAGUUAUGAAAACGUGAGCUUUGAUGCACUACCGGCGUCAAUCGACUGGAGGACAAAAGGCGCAGUCACUCCUGUCAAGGACCAAGGCCAAUGUGGUUGUUGCUGGGCAUUUUCUGCCGUUGCGGCAACGGAGGGCAUUGUCAAGCUGAGCACUGGCAAGCUUGUCUCGCUGUCGGAGCAAGAACUAGUGGAUUGUGAUGUCCACGGUGAAGACCAGGGCUGUGAAGGCGGUCUAAUGGAUGAUGCAUUCAAGUUUAUCAUCUCGAACGGUGGGCUCACUCAGGAGUCCAGCUACCCAUAUGACGCAGAAGAUGGCAAGUGCAAGAGUGGAUCUAAAAGUGCCGGGACAAUCAAGAGUUACGAGGAUGUGCCCGCCAAUAACGAAGGUGCCCUCAUGAAGGCUGUGGCGAACCAACCCGUGUCGGUUGCUGUUGAUGGAGGUGAUAUGACAUUCCAAUUCUACUCCGGUGGCGUGAUGACCGGCUCCUGUGGCACAGACCUUGAUCAUGGGAUCGCAGCCAUUGGUUAUGGAGUGACAAGUGAUGGCACAAAAUAUUGGUUAAUGAAGAAUUCUUGGGGCACAUCAUGGGGUGAGAAUGGUUUCUUAAGAAUGGAGAAGGAUAUUGCCGACAAGAAGGGCAUGUGUGGCCUUGCCAUGGAGCCAUCUUACCCCACUGCAUAGAAUCCCAAAUUCCACAUAUGGACACAUAUACAUGAUUGAAUAAUUUCACAUCUCUUGUCGCUAUGUAGUACGUUCAUAUCCAUGUGCCUGUAAUUGUGUUACACAAAUAUAUUGUAUAUACACCUUAUAUAAAAGUCAUGAGCCCUAUGUAAAUAUGUUGAAAUAGUAAUACAACUUCGAUGAAAAAUAUGUGCCCCUGCUA